AUUCCCUUCCCUUUCUCUCCUAUCCAACAGCUCCUCCUUUAAAGCUUCAUGCAUCACUCUCCAUUUAUAAUUUCCUGGUUUUUCCGAUUGAAGAAAAAAAGAGAGAGGGCAUUUUCGGUUUCCUCCUACCGAUUCUCCAUUAUCCUUUGCAUACAUCCUUUGAUAAAACAAAAAAAAAUCAAGAUGGGUCGUGUAAAGCUUGAGAUAAAAAGAAUAGACAACACCACAAAUCGACAAGUUACAUUCUCAAAGCGUAGAAAUGGCCUCAUCAAGAAAGCUUAUGAGCUAUCCGUCUUGUGUGACAUUGAUAUCGCCCUUAUAAUGUUUUCUCCAUCAGGAAAAGUUAACCAUUUUUCCGGUAGAAGGAGGAUCGAGGAUGUUUUCACUCGUUACAUUAAUCUUCCUGAUCAAGAAAGAGAUAAUGCUGUAAGUUUUCCUGAGUUACCUUACCGCAGGGGUAUUCAGAAUAAGGAGUACUUGCUUAGGACACUUCAGCAACUGAGAAGUGAAAAUGAUAUAGCUCUCCAGCUAGCCAAUCCGGGAGACAUUAACUCUGAGAUUGAGGAACUCCAUCAAGAAGUUAGUAGGUUGCAGCAACAACUUCAAAUGGCUGACGAGCAGAUAAGGAUAUAUGAACCUGACCCAUUAAAGAUGACAUCCAUGGGGGAGCUUGAAGCAAGCGAAAAACACCUACUAGAUACAUUGACACGUGUUAUACAGAGAAAGGAUUAUCUCUUGAGCAACCAACUAUCUUCGUAUGAUCCAUCUGGUAUUCAGGGGAUGCCUACUUCUUUCGAGAAUGUAAGUUGGUUGCAAGAUGGUAGCCAGAACCAUCCCCAGAUGUUUGACGCUUCUGCCCCCUUGGAUCCUCUCAGGGAUUUACCUUCCACCGUGUAUGGUUCAUUUUCACAAGGCACAAGCUCAAACGCUGACCCGCGAGGCAUGGGGGAGUGCCAUGUGGCAAAUCCGAGCGAUGCAAACAUUCCAGCAUGGCCACAAGGAUACACGUUGUAUCCACACAUUCAGCAUGACAUGGUGGCACCCCAUCCUGACAUCCAAGACAUGAUGCCACAUGGGCAGGUGAACAUGCCAAUAACCGCCUCACACGUGGAGCCGCCGAAGAAUGAAGCUGCUGAAUAUGAUCAAUGUAAACAACAGCAACAACAACCGCAUCAUCACCAGCUUAAUACUCAAUGACACAUAUUGCUCAAUGUGCUGUCGGAAUGGAGAAGCCAUGUCCAAUUCUUAAUUAUCAUUUUUUGUUUCAAAUGUGAAGUUAACCAGCGGCAAAAAUUGCUAUGUUAGCUGGGUAUAAUGUGUAAGAUUACCUAUAUGAUGAUAAUGUGCAUAUAUUAAACUA